CAUGGUCACUUGUUGCAACACGUCUGACCUGUUUUUUCCUCCAGUGUUCAUCAUGAGGGUGUAUUUGGUGGCGUUCACCUUGUGCCUCAGCGCUGUAUUUGCUGCUCCAACUUUGGACAAGCAGUUAGAUGACCAUUGGGAGCAGUGGAAGAAUUGGCACAGUAAAAAAUACCAUGAAAAGGAGGAGGGGUGGAGGCGAAUGGUCUGGGAGAAAAACCUGAGAAAGAUCGAACUGCACAAUCUUGAGCACUCCAUGGGCGCGCACACUUACAGACUCGGAAUGAACCACUUUGGUGAUCUGACUCACGAGGAGUUCAGGCAGGUGAUGAAUGGCUACAAACACAAGAAGGAGAGAAGAUUCAGAGGAUCUCUGUUCAUGGAGCCCAACUUCCUGGAGGUCCCAAACAAGUUGGACUGGAGAGAAAAGGGAUACGUGACUCCUGUGAAAGAUCAGGGUGAGUGUGGUUCUUGCUGGGCUUUCAGCACUACUGGAGCCAUGGAGGGUCAGAUGUUCAGGAAGACCGGAAAACUGGUGUCUCUGAGUGAGCAGAACCUGGUAGAGUGCUCCCGUCCUGAAGGGAAUGAGGGCUGUAAUGGAGGUCUCAUGGACCAGGCCUUCCAGUACAUCAAGGACCAGAACGGUCUGGACUCCGAGGAGUCCUACCCCUAUUUGGGAACUGAUGAUCAGCCCUGCCAUUAUGAUCCUAAAUACAGUGUAGCUAAUGACACCGGAUUCGUUGACAUCCCCAGUGGAAAGGAACAUGCUCUGAUGAAAGCUAUAGCUGCCGUAGGGCCAGUAUCUGUGGCUAUUGAUGCUGGACACGAGUCUUUCCAGUUCUACCAGUCAGGCAUCUACUAUGAGAAAGACUGCAGCAGCGAGGAACUAGAUCAUGGCGUCCUUGCCGUUGGUUAUGGUUUUGAGGGUGAGGAUGUUGAUGGAAAGAAGUAUUGGAUUGUCAAGAACAGCUGGAGUGAGAACUGGGGUGAUAAAGGAUACAUCUACAUGACCAAGGACCGACACAACCACUGUGGUAUUGCUACAGCAGCUAGCUACCCUCUCGUCUAACGAAAAUACCUCCAGUGUCAAGGCCUCGUACCUGAAGGCCACAUUAGUGUUUCAAAGCCUGAGUUUUCCACUGAAACCCACUAGUGUAGUGAAAAGGAGUCACCUAACACAUGUGACUGUUUGUCUCACAGCCUGAUUGAGACUGUGACGGAGAAACCUCAAACACUAUGUAUUGUGUAACCCUGUUUUAGGGAAUUUUUGCAGUUGUUUUUAGUCAUUUUAAUGCACCUCAUUCAGUUGAUUUCUGCCUCAAUGUGAAAUGUUCUUCAGAGUAAGUCUAAAUGUACAAAUGUUUUUAUUUCUACAUUCUGUAUGAUCAAUUAAACUCUUAAAUUU